AUGUCUGGUCCUGCUAUCGGUUCAGACCCCGCUCAGGGGUAUAGCAAAGAGACUCAGGCGCCGCCGCCAAUCAACGGGCAUCAUGGUCAGAAUCAAGGUAAUCCCGCUGGGAUGUCACAGUAUCCGAACUACCAAUACAUCCCGUUUGGCAACGCCCAAGAUCCAAAUCUUCAAGGUCGACCUCACCAGGCCAUGAUCUCCCAGGUUUAUCAGCCUACUUUGGGCAAGAUUGGUAACCCAGGACCUCUUGGCCUGAUUGGCUUCGCUUUGACUACAUUCGUUCUCGGGCUUUACCAAUGUGGUGCUGGUCUCCCCAACUCCAACCCUCUGGGUACUGUUGGUCCUGACCAAGCCGUCUUUGGCGUUGCCGUAUUCUUCGGAGGCAUGGCCCAGUUUGUCGCUGGUGUCAUGGAAUUUGUGCUCGGCAAUACUUUCGGUUGCACCCUCCACUGCUCGUACGGGGCUUUCUGGCUUGCUUUUGCCAUGUUUCUCGUCCCUACGCUGGGCAUUCAGGCCGCUUAUAAUGGAGACCAGCGCGCCUUUAGCUUUGCUGUCGGCAUUUUCCUCAUCAUAUGGUGCUUCCUCACCAUCGUCUUCUUCAUUGCGGCGCUCAAGACCAACUUCACAAUCCUGAUGGUGCUUGGCUUGCUUGCGCUCGCUUACUUCUUCCUCAGCAUCGCACAGUUCGUGUCGACCGAGCAUCUUACGGCGGCAAUCCGCUUGAACCGUGCUGGUGGUGCUUUCGCCGUCUUCUGCUCCAUGUUUGCAUUCUACGGUGGUGCUGCUGGUCUCAUGCUCAAGGAUACGACAUUUGUCACCUUUCCACUCGGAGAGAUUCCAUAUCCCUCGGUCAAGAGGGAGAAGGCGGCGAGAGAACAGGUUUGA